UGGCGUCUCUUCUGCAGAGCUGCAAUGACGAGAUAAGCCUUAUCUUUUGGGGGGGGGGUUGUCCUUUUUUUGUUUUGUAAUUUCACGCUUUUGUCCACAAAUCUCAGAGACUCUUCGGCUAGGAGAGCUGCUGAGGGCUCCCGCUGCCUCCCAGGUUUUCCCAGAAAGAUAAUGGAUGAGCCUUGCCACUAGCACUUAAUGAAGACUCAGACGGUGGAAAAAUGGAAGGUUCUGCUGACGUUUCUCUAAACGAGGCCCACUCUGACGUGGGCGACCCUGAAGCGGGAGAAUCAGAACUCCCUGGGAAGGAGGAAAAUGCAGUAGCGGUUCUGUCCGUCUCCCAGGAGCCUUGUGCAGCGGGUCUAAGCAAAGGAGGCCUGCUGGAGGCGCCCGGACUCCCAGCAGCUCCUCCUCCCCCCACCGACCCCACAGGGGGCGUGGCUCUGAAAAUGGCCACCACUCUUCUCCACCCAGUGUGCCUGGGGGAGAACCCACUAAUGCUGCCCAUACACCUCCAGAUGGCCGCGGCUCCCGGGCCCCAGCUGGGCCAGAUGGGGGCAGCGCCGUACUUGCUGACAGGCGCCAACCCAGUUUCCCUGCCUCUGGUUCUGGAUCAGCAGGUCAUCCAGCAUGUGAGUCCUGCGGUGAUUCCCCAGAACAACAUCCUGUGUCAAAAUCCGUUGUCCUUCAGUUUGCCCGUUGCCCUCGACCAAAAGUCCACUGGGCCACAGCAGGAGCCCAACCUGCUCUCCCUCCUCCAGAAUCCGGCUUUUGCUGCCAUCCUGCAGGACCUUUUCCCUUCCCAAACCCCUCCAUCCACCUGCCACUCACCCAGCUCCCCCUUCUUCCCGCUUCCUCCCCUCACUGCACCGUACUCUUCCCCUCUGGCCCCUCUGGUCCCCCCUGCCACCCUUCUAGUUCCUUACCCUGUCAUCAUUCCACUGCCGGUCCCGCUGCCCGUCCCCCUGCCCAUCCCCGUUCCUCAGAGCUCAGUGGACUCCAAGACCAACCUGCCUAAAGCCAUUUGCACAGAAAGUAAAAGCACUCAGACGCCAAGAGACUUCAACCCCCCUCCCUCAAGCAGUCGCACACCACACAGCAUGUCCCCACAGGUCCUGGACCUGUCCAUGCGAGCCUGUCCUAUAGAACCCAAACAGGAAUACCUCAGUCCACAGCAGCAGGACAGCGUGCUGGACUUGUCCGUGCCUGCUGGCAGGAAACAGUGUGUCCGGUCACGUGCGCCCGUGAGUCUGGACUCUAAGUUGCUGGGGGGUCUAGCCUCACUGGAGUUCAGCCGGCAGCACAAGUGGAUGAUGGACAGCGGUGCCGGGGGGUCCACUUCUCUGGGCCCGGGGGCGGGCAACCUGGAGAUCGUCAGUGCCUCGCAGACCGCCAAGGUCAUCGUCUCGGUGAAGGACGCCAUCCCAGCCAUCCUCUGCGGCAAGAUCAAAAGCCUCUCCAGCUCGUCCACCAAGAACUUCUCCAUCAAGCGAGACCAGAAGGGGGCACCGCUGCAGCAGCUCUACGGCGUGCCGCCGGCACCCGAGGGGGAGGCGCCCGACACUGGCGAGCACCUGAAGAAGACGUCGAAGAACCGAGCCAUCAAGCUGAAGAAGGUGAGCUCACAGGAGAUCCACUUCCUGCCUAUCAAGAAGCAGAGACUGGCUGCGCUCUUCCCCAGGAAGUGAAUGCCCGCACCGCGCUCUUCGUGGCACAUAGCAGUCAUCAUCGAGCGUUCCUUUGGUUUAUGGUUAGAACCGUUAGCAUGUGAGCUCGCUUUAACGCAAAAUGUUUUUAUUACCUGGAAGACUUUUGUACUCAAACUCAAAAAAAGUCAAGGUGGAACAUCACAUUUUUUUCUUCCAUCGAGUGUGUGUGUGUUAGUUUACCUUCUCCUGUGCACUUUGUGGUAGUUUAGCAUAAGAAAAAUCAAGAAACAAGGUGACAGGGUUGUUUGCUGCCUGUUGAGAUGAUGAUGAUGAUUUGAAGGAAUGCAACAAAUUUACAUUGUGUGGAUGAAGACGUAUUUAUUAUUGUUAUGAAUCUGAUAUGUUUGCUACGGUUUCAUUGUAACGCCACUAAUUUAUUGUGUUGUCAAAAUGCUUAUUUAUACACUAAAUGUAUCUUUUCAUAAACUUCUUUGCUGACUUCACGCUUACUUUUUUUAUUGCUUCAAAAGUCCAUUUCAUGCCUUUCACUUUCUCAUGCACUCCUAAUCAUCAUUAUUCCAAAUGAAGAACAACACAUUCCCACAGGCUCCAAGUUUAAAGUGAAACAGAAACGACAAAAUGCAAAUGAUGUUGAAGCAUAAUUUACAGAUCUUUUUCAAAAAGUAGACGAGAGCGUUGUUUAUCAAAGUUGAUGUAAAGGACGCACUUUUGAUUGUCAUAAUGUUUUUCCAGCGGGAGCCACAUAGUGAAAAAUGAAGAGUGCAACUUUGCCACCUGGAUAUUUUGUAAAGCAAAACAUGUAGAUAUGCUAGAAGUUACCGUAAAUUCCAGUGUAUAAGCCGCACCCACUAAAUUUAGAGGAAAAAACAGAUUUGUACAAAUACAGUAUAAGCCGCACCGGACUAUAAACUGCACAUGUCCAUGUCAUAAAAUGGCAUAUUGUCCGAGUCCAUGACGCCCAGGCAGUUCUUUCUUUGACAGGAGCAAAUUAUGAGAUCUGACUAAACUCACGACUAACUUGUCAAUCCAUUGGAAAUUGCAGUAGGUUAUAACUCAAUAGAACACUUUGACUCACGGUUUCAUCUUACAAUAACAUUAAACUCAUCACACACAACUUAACACUAAAAACUGUACUUAAGAAAUAUACAAACAAGUACCAAUGGGAGUUUAAAAUGGAAAAAAAAACAGUUUUCCCAUAUUGCGUUGCGUCUGAGCAAAGCAUUUCAUUGGAGGACAAGCGGCAUAGAAAAUGAGUAGAUGGAUGGCACUGUAAUGCUGCCCCUGUCGACCAGAGGGAGGCUGAGAUCAUUGCAGCACCCCGGCAAGCACCACUGAGUGCUUUGCUCAGACGCAAUGUAUUAUGGGAAAACUUUAAAAUUACUUUUUCAUUAUAAGGUGGUAUUGGUUUGUAAAUUUCUGAGGUACAACUUUAGAUUAUACAUUUGCAUCACAAAAAUGCCUUCU